AUGUCCUUUAUAUUUCAGGGGCUGUUGACAUUCCAGGAUGUGACCGUGGAUUUCACUCAAGAGGAGUGGGAAUGCCUGGACCUCAGUCAGCGGGAAUUGUACAGGGACGUGAUGUUAGAGAACUAUGGGAAUCUGGCCUGCUUGGGUCUUGUGGUCUCUAAGCCAGACCUGAUCACCUUUCUGGAGCAAAUGAAGAAUCCCUGGGAUGUAAGGAGACAGGAGAUGGCAGCCAUAUACACAGCUGUGUCUUCUCACGAUACCCAGGGUUUGAGGACCCAAAAGCCAGGCUUAGAAGAUUUACUCCCAACAGCAAAGCUAGGAAUAUAUGAAAGAUUUCACCUUGCACAUUUACAUUUAACCAAAGACUGGAAAUCUAUGAGGGCAUAUAAAGAGCGGAGAGUAUGUUAUGAUGGACACAACCAAGUUGGUUCAGUUUCCCAUAAAAAAUCACACAAAUGUAUGAAGUGUGGCAAAGCCUUUAAUCAGAAGUCAAAUCUUACUCAACACCAGAGAAUUCAUACUGGAGAGAAGCCUUAUAAAUGUAAGGAUUGUGGCAAAGACUUUAGCAAGCACUCAGGUCUUACUUACCAUCAGAUAAUUCAUACUGGAGAGAAACCUUAUAAAUGUGAAGGAUGCGGAAAAGCCUUUGGUCACCACUCAAGUCUUAUUCAACACCAGCGAAUUCAUACUGGAGAGAAACCUUACAAAUGUAAAGAAUCUUGUAGCAAGGCUUUGAAGCAAAGUUCAGCUUUAACUCCACAUCAGCGAAUCCAUACUGGGGAGAGACCUUAUAAAUGUAUAGAAAGUGGCAAAACCUUUAUCAAUUAUUCACUUCUUACUCGACAUCAACGAAUCCAUACUGGGGAGAGACCUUAUAAAUGUACAGAAUGUGGCAAGGCUUUUAAGCAGAGUUCAACUUUAACUCAACAUCAGAGAAUCCAUACCGGGGAAAGACCUUAUAAAUGUACAGCAUGUGGCAAGGCUUUUAAACACAUUUCAAAUUUAACUGAACAUCACCGAAUCCAUACAGGGGAGAGACCUUAUAAAUGUACAGCAUGUGGCAAGGCUUUUAAGCAGAGUUCAAAUUUAACUCAACAUCAGAGAAUCCAUACCGGGGAAAGACCUUAUAAAUGUACAGAAUGUGGCAAAGCCUUUAUCCAUUAUUCACUUCUUACUCAACAUCAACGAAUCCAUACUGGGGAGAGACCUUAUAAAUCAUGUGGCAAGGCUUUUAAGCAGAGUUCAGCUUUAACACAACAUCAUCGAAUCCAUACUGGGGAGAGACCUUACAAAUGUACAGCAUGUGGCAAGGCUUUUAAGCAGUGUUCAGGUUUAACUAAACAUCAGCGAAUCCAUACUGGGGAGAGACCUUAUAAAUGUACAGAAUGUGGCAAAGCAUUUAUCAAUUAUUCACUUCUUACUCGACAUGAACGAAUCCAUACUGGGGAGAGACCUUACAAAUGUACAGCAUGUGGCAAGGCUUUUAAGCAGCGUUCAGCUUUAACUGAACAUGAGCGAAUCCAUACUGGGGAGAGACCUUAUAAAUGUACAGAAUCAUGUGGCAAGGCUUUUAAGCAAAGUUCAGCUUUAACUGAACAUCAGCGAAUCCAUACUGGGGAGAGACCUUAUAAAUGUUCAGCAUGUGGCAAGGCUUUUAAGCGGAGUUCAACUUUAACUGUACAUCAGCGAAUCCAUACUGGGAAGAGACCUUAUAAAUGUACAGCAUGUGGCAAGGCUUUUAAGUGGAGUUCAAAUUUAACUGAACAUCAGCGAAUCCAUACUGGGGAGAGACCUUAUGAAUGUACAGCAUGUGGCAAGGCUUUUAAGCACAGUUCAACUUUAACUCAACAUCAGCGAAUCCAUACUGGGGAAAGACCAUAUAAAUGUACCGAAUGUGGUAAAGCCUUUAUCCGUUAUUCGUUUCUUACUCAACAUCAGCGAAUCCAUACUGGGGAGAGACCUUAUAAGUGUACAGCAUGUGGCAAGGCUUUUAAGCAGAGUUCAAAUUUAGCUCAACAUCAGCGAAUCCAUACUGGGGAGAGGCGUUAUAAAUGUACAGCAUGUGGCAAGGGUUUCAAGCAGCGUUCAUCUUUAACUGAACAUGACCGAAUCCAUACCGGGGAGAGACCUUAUAAAUGUACAGCAUGUGGCGAAGCCUUUUCCCAGAGUCUUUCUCGACAUCAGAGAGUUCAUGCGGCAGAGAAAUGUAAGGAAUGUGGCCAAGGAUUUCCUCACAGCCAUCACCUCACUCACAGUCAAAGAAUUCAUACUGCAGAGAAAGCCUAG